AUGGAUUGUUCAUCCCCCGUUUACAACCUCCAACCAGGCCAGUCUCCCGUGGACCAGGGGACUCGGCAGCAUCAGCGAGAUCCCUACAUGGCGAAACGAUUGGGGACUUCUCCCUGUGUCAGCCCUGAUACUUUCGAGAGUGACUUCUUUUUCUGCGAUCCUUGUCCCUCCGAGAACUGGACGGAAUCCAGCCCAGACAGCGUGUUAUCGAACUGGGGACUAGGAAGCUCCCAUGAAUCCACGCUCAGUCCGUUGUUCUCGCCUCAGAAAGUGCCGUUGUAUGGAUCACUUUUCGACGCUGACCACCACCAAUAUCGCCUCCCUCAAGACGCAGUUGAUGUACCUUGCUCGACAACGACAACGACCGGGCCAGCCACAGACUCUAUUAAGAUAGAGCAGCAUUCACCCUUGGAGACAUCGAUUAAUCCUUUUUUCGAUUGGACCUACGAAGGAGACUUCAAUAUAUCGUAUAAUUUUGAAACCUAUUACCCUCCCUCCUCGUCUUCAGAGAUCCUGGUCUCUCCACCUCCUCAAUAUGAAACCUUGACCCCGACUAAAACGGAGACGAAAUUGACAGUGAGCCCAUCAUUAUCCCCACCAGCUUUUUCGGAUCCUUCUCCAGUUACUUCCGUCAAGGCCGAGCCACAGCUAGAUCGCGCAUGUUCGCGUUCAAGCUCCAGCGUUAGCGCACCCCAUGAUACUUCGGACCUUCCGUAUUCAAAGUUGAUCUACCUUGCCCUUCUUUCUGCAAUAGACAGAAAACUUCCUCUACAGGGCAUUUACAGGUGGUUCGAACAGAACACUAGCAAGGGCAAGGAGGGGUCGAAGGGCUGGCAGAACAGCAUCCGUCACAAUCUCUCCAUGAACGCAUCUUUUAUGCCUUCUCGAGAGGAGUCCCCCAGCGGCAAACGAGCCGUAAACUACUGGCGACUCACGGAAGACGCAAUUAAGAGAGGUGGCAUCCACCCUACGACGCGAUAUCGAAAACAGGCGAAUCAGCGAAAAGGCCUGGGAUCGGAAGCCCCGGCUCCUCAACGUCAGCGGUCUGGGGCCAGAGGCGGGAAAGCAACGAAAAUCAUGGCCAGAAACCGCGGGCACGCCAACGCGGACGAGCUGUCACCAGCCUCGGCAGCAGCACGAUAUCAUUCGGCCGCGGCCACGGCGGCUGCACAACGACAGCGCCAACUACAACGACAACAACAGUACUAUCAGCAGCAGGCCCAGCAGCAGCAAAGGCCAAUCCUGCCGCAAUUGAAACUCGAGCAGGCGCAGGAGCAGCUCCAGCACGGACUCCAGCAACGGCACCAACAACAACAACAGCCGCCAAACGAACUCUAUUGCUAUCAGCGGUACACUCCGUGCCCCACGACAGCACUUCCAGGGUAUUCCGCAGCAUCGAUUGACGGAUUUGAUUUGAGAAAUCUUGUUGGCCGUGCAGACCCUCCUCGGGACAUCCCUGUCACUAGCGACAUGGGUGAAUCGGAAAGUUUCCCGCUGGAACUUGGUGUGCUAUGUGGCAUGUCGUAUUCGACCUACAACUCUCCCAACGGGCUUUUUCAAGAUGAACAGCUUCCCAAUGGACUUCCCGGCGGUGGAUGGACAUCUUGA